AUGGACGACCAGUACCAGAACAACCAGCCUCAGGACGAGACCUACCCCAACUACGGCGAGGGCACGGGGCAGGCCGACGGCUACGGCUACCAGGCGGACUACCCGCAGCAGGACGAGGACGCGCGCAGCGAUGCCACCGAGGGCGCCGACGACGACGAGGCCAUGUACGAGGGCGAGUACCAGGGCGUGCCGCACCCGGACGAGAUCAAGGCGGCGCGGCGGGCGGCCAGGGCCGAGGCCCGGCGGAAGGCCAAGGAGGCGGAGCUGGAGGGCGAGGAGGAGCAGCUGCCCGAGCAGUACGAGACCAUCAUGGAGGAGUGCGGCCACGGCCGCUUCCAGUGGCAGCUCUUCACCGUGCUCGGCCUGGCGCUCAUGUCCGACGGCGUCGAGUGCUUCGUGGUCGGCUUCGUGCUGCCCAGCGCCGAGAAGGACAUGUGCCUAUCCAACGCUGACAAGGGCAUGCUGGGUUUGCUAGUGUACGUUGGGAUGAUGAUCGGCUCCCUGGUGUGGGGGGGCCUGGCCGAUAAGCUGGGCCGGCGGCAGUGCUUGCUCUACGCACUCACCAUCAACUGCAUCUUCUCCUUCCUCUCCUCCUUCGCACAGGGAUACGGAUUCUUCCUCUUCUUCAGACUCUGCGCCGGCAUUGGCAUCGGGGGAGCGGUGCCCAUCGUGUACACGUACUUCUCCGAGUUCCUGCAGAUGGACAAGCGCGGGGAGCACCUGAGCUGGCUCUGCAUGUUCUGGAUGGUGGGGGGGCUCUACGCAUCCUUCACCGCCUGGGGCAUCAUCCCACACUACGGCUGGGGCUUCAGCAUGGGCACAGAGUUCCAGAUCCACAGCUGGCGUGUGUUCGUGCUGGUCACCCUCCUGCCCUCUCUGGCCGCCCUCGCCGGCCUCUUCUUCAUGCCCGAGAGCCCACGCUACCUCCUGGAGAAUGCGCGUCAUGACGAGGCCUGGAUGAUCCUCAGGAACAUGCACGACGCCAACUGGAGGGCCAAGGGCGAGCCGGAGAGGGUCUUCACCGUGCAAACGAUCAAGACGCCCCAGACACAGGACGACGAGUUCAUCGAGAUCCAGAGUGCCACGGGCACGGCCUUCCAGAGGUUCACCGUCAGGCAGAUGACCCUGGUCAAGCAGGUGAUGAAGAACAUCAUGUCCCUGGCGGCUCCUGAGCUGCGUCUGACCGGUCUGUUCUUGGCCAUCAUCUGGUUCACCUUGUCCUUCAGCUAUUCCGGUCUCUCGGUGUGGUUCCCUGACAUGGUGAAGAUGAUGCAGUUUGAGGAGUACGAGUCCAAGACCAAAGUGUUCCACCGGGAGAAGGUAGAGAAGUUCCACUUCAACUUCACGCUGGCCAACCAGCUGCACAAGGAGGGCGAGUACAUUCACGACAGGUUUUCCAAUAUUGAGAUUAAGUCAGUCAAGUUUGAGGACUCUCUGUUUGAAAACUGUUAUUUCGAAGACAUCAGAUCAACUGCUACGUUUUUUGAGAACUGCACAAUUAAAAACACCGUCUUCUACAACACCGACUUGUGGAAGGAGAAGUUUAUCGACUGCAGGAUGGAGAACAACACGUUUCUGCACCCAAAGAAAGGAUGCCACCUGAACUUCCAGGAGGAGAACGACAUCCUCAUCUACAUGGUCAGUUUCCUUGGUAGCCUGGCUGUGUUGCCUGGCAACAUCGUAUCGGCACUCUUCAUGGACAAGUUUGGGAGAAUCAAAGUUAUAGGUGGGUCCAUGCUGGCGUCGGCAGGCUGUUCGUUCUUCCUGUUUGUGUGCUUCAAUCAGGGCUCGGUCAUCUUCUUCCAGUGCAUCUUCUUCUGCGUCAGUGCAGCCGCAUGGAACGCUGUCGAGGUCAUCACCGUUGAACUCUUCCCAUCAGCGAAGAGGUGCACGGCGUACGGGGUGCUGAGCGGGGUCGGCAAGUUCGCCGCCAUCGUCAGCAGUUUCAUCUUUGGCAAGUUUGUGAACAUCACGCGGAUCAUUCCCAUCAUCCUCUCCUUCAGCGCGCUGGUCUGCGGCGGCCUGCUGUCUCAGAAGCUUCCGGAAACUCGGGAAUACAUCCUUCAGUGAAACGCCAAAAACACCCCCCCUCUCCAACAUGAAGGCCUAGUUAUGACAAAGUACUGAAUGUCUGUGUGUGGGAGUCUGUGUGUGUGUGUGUGUGUAUGUGUGGUUGUCUGUGUGCGUGUGUGUGAGUAUGUGAGUUCUGUGGCAAAAGAAGAAUGCACUGCGAUAUGUGUUAUGGUGCCCAAAACCACCAUCAGUGUCAUCAUUCAAAUGUGUGAUUUUAUGUACUGAAUGCAUCAAAGGCUGAGCAAGACCUAAAGAAGUGCUUUGUGUCUUUUGGGCCUUUGAAAUUCAAAGAUGUGUUUGGGUCGGUAGCUAAGAUCUGAGGUCGUUUUGAAGACAAGGGUCAUACCAUAUCAAAAGGAUCGUAACUGCUGGGUAUGGCAUGAUAAUCGAUAAGAAAGGCCAUGCCUAUCGUGGUAAAAGUUUACUCUUCUAUAAAACCACUCUCUUGAUGUACCUGUAGGUAGGAAACAGACUGUUGGAACAAAGAACUACAGACAUUUUGAAAUAGAUGAUAUAUAUUUACAGACCCAUGUAGCUUUCAUAAAGGUCACCUUCCAUUUCCGCCAUCUUCCUUUUACUUUGUCAGAAUGCAACACCACCUUUCUGUGUCCCUUUGUCCAGUGUAUGUCACUGAUGGAGGACACUUCUUUACUUCUCUUUCCGUCUUUAAUUUGUCAUUUGGUGGGACACCUGGGCCCAUUCCAACUCUGCAGGCCCACAAAGCUUGUGUUUGUCUAUACGUGUACCAGUGAGUCUGGUUUUGUCUUGUAUUUGUUUAUUUUUUGCGGUAGAUUAUUGUACCUUAUAGGAAGACAUUUAACUUUUAGCACAAAUAUUUCUGAUUUUGUAAAUGUGUCUCUAUUUUUCUUUCUUUCAUUCUUUCUUUCUUUCUGUCUCUAUUUCUGUCUGUCUGUCUCUCUUAUCUUCAUUUUUUUGUUCUAUUCCCAUUUCUGUCUCAUGUUAAAUUCCAAACUAAACCCCCAACAUCAGGACGUUCGCACAGGAAGUUCAUUUUAUCAGUAUCCUGGAGCCGUUUUGGGGCAAACGCGUCUAGCAGGGUGUAGCUGGGGAUGGUUGUGUCUCUUGUUGUAAAUAGACCUGUGAAUCUUAGCUGUAGGCUAGCAAGCAGGUGAGAUGUUUUUUUCUAUUAACACGGUUUCUCGACGCAACAUGCAGAUUCCCUCUGUCCCUCUCCAUAACAAGCUCGUCAGGUGUUUAUAAUACAAACACCGAGCCUGACAUGUAUGAAAAUAUUUAUUUUUUGACAAUCUGUCUUAUUUAAGCUUUACUGUAAUGAGCCAACAGCAACAGCGACUGUUCUUUGUCUUUUUGGCACGUAAGUGGAUGUGUGGGACCCACGUGGCUUGCCUAUAGUCUGGCCUUAGUGUGGCAAGGCCAGCAGUUAUGUCCAGAGAAACUCUCUCCAAACAACUCUCCAUAGGUCACUCAGUUUAUUUGUGUGUUUCUGACCUGCUGUUCAUUUCUACACAAGUUAGGAAUUGUGUAUGUGUGUACCACAUAACGUAUGUUUUGAGACAUUAUUUAUUCUUUUUAUAUUUCUUCUUCAAAAUACAGAG